GCAAGCCGAGGCAUUUUGCAGUAGUCAAAGACGACAUCUUUCAUAAAUCGAAGGAAGAGCCUCGUUCCACUUCGCUCAUUACUCCGGACGACCGAGCAGAAGAGGUAGAUAAAUCGCCGUCCCGUCCCUCUGCUCCAAGGAUAACCACGUCCCAAUUGCACAAGUCUCGUCUUCAUUUACACUCUACAUCUCUGGAGAUGGCUUUUGAAAAGGGCGGCGAAAACGCCUACGAUGUUGUGAUCAUAGGUGCUGGUAUCUCGGGCAUCAACUUUGGAUACCGACUGCAGGAACGCAACCCCGACCUCAGCUACAUCAUCCUCGAUGGCCGACACGAGAUGGGAGGCACCUGGUCGCUCUUCCAGUACCCCGGCAUCCGCUCCGACUCCGACUUGUACACCUUUGGUUUCCCCUGGCGCCCGUGGACCGAGGAGACCUCGAUUGCUGGCGGCCCGUUGAUUCUCAACUACCUCAAGGAGUCUGCUCAGAUGUAUGGCAUUGACAAGAAAAUCCUGUUUCAUCAUCAGGUCAACGCUGCGAACUACUCUUCAGAGCACAAGACGUGGUCAUUUGAUGUCACUGCGAACAAGACCGAGAAGAAGACGUUCCGGAGCAAGUUUGUCUUGUUGUGUACUGGUUACUACGAUUACCACGAGCCAUUGAAGACCGUCAUUCCUGGAAUCGAUGACUUCAAGGGUAAGGUUAUUCACCCGCAGUUCUGGCCUAAGGAUCUCGACUACGCCAACAAAAAUGUAGUCAUUGUGGGAAGCGGAGCAACUUCAGUCACCGUCGUCCCAGCCAUGAGCAGAACAGCCUCCCACGUAACCAUGCUCCAGCGAUCUCCCAGCUACAUCCUCUCCACCCCCAGCGAAGACGCGCUGGAAAGGUUCAUCCGCAGAUGGUUCCCCGUCUACUACCAACACAAACUCAUCCGCUGGAAAUGGAUCGCCGUGCCCUUCCUCCUCGUCACCUUCUGCCAAUACUUCCCGUCCUUGGGCAAGAAGAUGUUCCGCUCCGCCACCGAGCCCCAACUCCCGCCGACCGUCUCUUACAGCCCGAACUUCACGCCAGAUUACAACCCCUUUGAGCAGAGGGUGUGCUUCUGCCCGGACGCAGACUUCUACCGUGCUCUGCGAUCCGGCAAGGCCAGUGUGGAGACAGGGGUGAUUGAGAAGGUGACGGCGGACUCUGUCAAGUUGACUUCCGGCAAGGAAUUGCACCCGGACAUCAUCGUCACAGCCACCGGGCUGAAGGUCCGAGUCGGUGGUGGUAUCGAUGUCAGUGUUGACGGCAAGCCUUACAACGUGCCGGAGAAGUACGUCUGGAAGGGCGUUAUGUUGCAAGACCUCCCCAACGCCGCCUUCGUGAUUGGAUACGUCGAUGCUUCGUGGACGCUCGGUGCGGACGCGACUGCGCAGAUGAUCUGCCGCAUGCUGAACCAAAUGAAGAAGGAAGGCGUGGAUGAAAUCAUUCCUCGCCUCAGCGACAAGGAGAAGAACACCAUGAAAGAUGCGCCACUUCUACGCCUGAAGAGCACAUACGUCAAGAAGGGCAAAGACGUCUUGCCCAAGGCGGCAGACCGCGGCCAGUGGCAGGCGCGAAGCUACUACUGGAAGGACUACCUACUUGCGCAUUACGGCGACAUCAAGUCGAGCAUUGAGUGGAAUCGCUCAUGAGCGUCUUGGACAAGUGUAGACAUCUCGGACUUU